UCUCUCUCUAAAAAUGUGCUGAGCUCCCAAAUCUCGCUCUCUCUCUCUCUCUCUCUCUCUGAAGUCUAAACCAAAUCCCUCGCCCUCUCUCUCCCUAAACUAAAUGCUGAAAUACUCAUCAUUGUUCCCAUAACAAGCUCAAAUGUGUUCAAAUUCAGAAAUGCCGGAUAAUUAUUCUUCCUCAUGUUUCAUUUUAUUCCCUUUCUAUAUUUGGUUGCGGAUUCACUGUAAAUCCCAUGAAUUAGUGUUUCAAAUUUCAAAUCAGUGAACACAGAUUCCAUGUAAACUACCAGGAAUUAGGAUCUCUGGUCAGUCCCGUAGUUAGCAGGCAUGUCAGCCUUAAAAAUAUUCAGAAAGAAUGGUUCCAAGAGUUCACAAACCCAAGAAGGAAAUGAGAACAGGCUUGAAAAUUUGUGUGCUUCUUCUACUGCAUUGCCCCCUGCAAGGCCCCCCUUGAACUUAAUACCUGAUCCUUCUCAAAACCCUAACCCUAGUUCCAAGUUUGUCUCAGAAAAAGUUACUGAUCAAAGGCCUAGAUUAGAGGUCACUCCACUGAGAAACCAUGAAAAGACCUGUGAAGAAUCGGAAUCUCAAGGCACUGUUCAUGGAAAUGGAAGCAUGCAUUGCACAACCCCUAGGUCUAUUUUGGGGAAGGGUUCGAUGGGUAGCCAUUCAGAGCCGAGUUCAGCUCAGAGUACCCCAACAAGGAAUAUUUCUAGGGUUUUCAAUCAUGGGAGUUAUGGAGCAUACACAUGUGCUCGUCUGCCUCAGUCCAGUGUAGGGAAGGGUGGAGGUCCCUCAAAGGCAAUGAGAGGCCUUCCUAUCCUUGCAUCUUCAAAUUUAGUUCAAGUUCCUCAUUUUGAUCUCACCGAAGAUCCGUCUUUCUGGACAAAUCACAAUGUACAGGUUUUGAUACGCAUUCGUCCAGUCAGUAAUAAGGAGAGGUCUUUGCAAGGAUACACAAGAUGCUUAAGACAGGAGAGUGCCCAGACUGUAACUUGGCUUGGGCAUCCUGAAGCCCGGUUUACCUUUGAUCAUGUGGCAUGCGAGACCAUCACACAGGAGAAGCUUUUCAAGGUGGCAGGUCUACCCAUGGUGGAGAAUUGCAUGUUUGGGUACAAUAGCUGCAUAUUUGCUUAUGGACAGACGGGUAGUGGAAAAACAUACACCAUGAUGGGGGAGAUAAAUGAUUUAGAAGAUGAGCUCAGCGAGGAUUGUGGGAUGACACCUCGCAUCUUUGAGUAUUUGUUUGCUCAGAUAAGAGCGGAGGAGGAGAGUAGAAGGGACGUGAAGUUAAAUUAUGUCUGCAAGUGUUCGUUUCUUGAGAUUUACAAUGAGCAGAUUACAGAUUUAUUAGAACCUUCAUCGACUAAUCUGCAAUUGCGAGAGGAUGCAAAGAAGGGCGUGUAUGUUGAGAACCUUUCUGAAUUUGAAGUGAGAACAGUGAAGGAUGUUCUUGAUCUUCUGGUUCAGGGUUCAGCAAACAGAAAAGUGGCAUCAACCAACAUGAAUUCUGAGAGCAGUCGCUCACAUAGUGUGUUUACCUGUGCCAUUGAGAGUCGGUGGGAAGCUGAUGCAAUGAAUCACCUUCGGUUUGGGAGGCUAAACCUUGUAGAUCUUGCUGGUUCAGAGAGGCAAAAAAAUUCUGGCGCAGAAGGAGAGCGGCUAAAGGAAGCGGCGAACAUCAACAAAUCCUUGUCAACUCUUGGGUUGGUAAUUAUGACCUUAGUGGAUGUUGCACAAGGAAGGCAACGCCAUGUUCCUUACAGGGACUCGAGGCUUACAUUUCUUCUUCAGGAUUCUCUAGGUGGCAAUUCCAAAACAGCAAUUAUUGCGAACAUCAGCCCAUCCAUAUGCUGUGUAAAUGAAACACUAAGCACUCUUAAAUUUGCGCAGCGUGCAAAACUUAUUCAGAAUAAUGCCAUAGUGAAUGAGGAUGCAUCAGGCGAUAUCACAGCAUUGCAACGUCAAAUACAACAGCUGAAGGAGGAGGUUACCUUCCUUAAACAUGAAAACAUUUCAAGGUCUCUUCCAUUUCGGUCAUCAAUCUCUGGACAUUUCAUUUGCAGUACAGGUUUUGCAGAAUAUGACUCUGGUCAGGCAAAUGAUGCUUCUGGCAUGAUACAUGGCCCAGUUAAUUAUGUGGAUAAUUUGACAGCAAACAACCUAGGAUUAUUGAGCAAAAAGAUGAAAUCCAUUGAAGCUACAUUAGCUGGCUCCUUGAGGAGAGAGAAGAUGGCAGAGAUUGCUAAUAACCAGCUAGAAGCUGAAAUAGAACUAAUGAAUCGUUUGAUUCGAGAAAGGGAAGAUGAAGUCUAUCGUUCUAAGACAAUGUUAAAAUUCCAGGAGGAGAAAACUAGAAGACUGGAGUCAUUUGUAGGUGGUACCAAGCCUGCAGAUGAUUAUCUUCUGGAAGAAAAUAAUGCUUUAUAUGAGGAAAUACAGUUGCUUCAAGGGAAAAUUGAUAGUAACCCUGAAUUGACCUGGUUUGAAUUGGAAAAUAAAAGACUUUUGGAGCAACUUAGACUGUUCCAAGAUUUUUAUGAGGAAGGGGAACGAGAAAUUAUGCAUGCUGAAGUUUCUGAACUGCGUGAUCAGCUUUGCGAAGUACUUGAGGGCAAACUUGUGCAGAAUAAUUGCCCCACAAGAACAACUUUGCAGUUGAAUCUUGCUGCUGCAACUGAGGAAAAUGUGUCUCUGACUAUGAAGGCCGAUGCUACCUUGCAAGAAUUAGAGGAUUGCAAGAAGAAUCUUGGUGCUUGCCUAGAAUCUAAUAUGAGAUUGACUAGGGAAGUUGAUGAUUUGCACAACCAAAUGAAGAAGUAUUUGAAGUGCAAAGAACCUAUGCUUCAAAAGGUCGAACAUUCAUUAUUUGAAUUUGGGGACAGGACAGCGGAGAAACUGCAGGAAAAUAGUGUGCAGCUAGUCUUGGAGGAGGAUAUUCUGGUCGAGAAUGAGUUCACCUUAUUGCAUCAUGAAGUUGAUUCUCUAGCUGCAAACGAUCCCCUGUACUCAAAUCACUUGACACUUUUGAGAAGGGAAAAUCAGAAACUUCAGGAGAGAUUAUGUGUAUUAGCCAAAGAAAAUGCAAGAUUGUCACAGGUGCUAAGGGAUAGAGAAGAAGACACACACAAAUUGAAUGAGGAAUGGGAGGAGGUCACUAUUGACCUUGCAAAAUAUCUUGUAGAUGGCUAUCAGGCACUUGGAGUUGUUUCUGACCAGGUUGAAAGUAUUUCCAAUACAUAUCCUUGGGGGCAUGCUCGGAUUGUGGAGCAAGUUGAGUUUUCUUGCGGUACCCUUGCAGAAAAUAAUACAUCAGUUGAGUGUUUGCAGAAGGAGUUAGAAAAUGCACAAAGGGAGGGACUCAAUAUGAAAGAUAAAUUGGCAUCCUUGAAGGAAGCAGCUCUGGCUAUUAUUGAUGCUCAAAAGUUAGAGAAUGAUGAAAAAAACCAAGAAAUCAUACGAUUAAGGUCUUUGUUAUACGAGAAGGAUUCUCUUGUAUAUGAGCUUGAGAAAAUGAUUAAACUUGGUAAUGCUCGGCUUAUUGAUGCAGAGCUAUGUGCUAGUGCUGCAUCUGGAGCAUUGAAGAGACUGUCUGAAAUGAGUCUUAUUCAGCAUGAAGUCAAUGAACCUGUGGUAGAGGGUUCUCCCAGUACAGCAACCCAUUGCCAUCACAGCGAGGUUAAUGAAGCAAACCUUCAAAUUCAUUCGCACAAAUUGACUAAAGUUGGAAGCCAGCACCGUACAUUGAAUGUCAUCAGCACUGAGCUUGCCAAAGCAGAUAAGAAAUUGGCUGAGCUCAAACUUCAUAUAAAUGAGUUUUCAAUCUGCCUGAAGAAAUAUGUUAUUGUGGGAUGGAAAGCAAAGGCAUCAGAAAAGUCAAAUCUCAACCCACGUUACUCUUUCUUUGACCAUGUGAGUUGCGACAAUCCAUCAGAUAAUCUUCUUGAGGUUUCUUCUAAUGUAAGAGAGAGAAAGUCUGAUAUGUUUGGAGAUGAAUACCAUGAAAGUGUCGAGACGUUGACAAUAGAAGACCAGGAAUCACACAAAGAUAAUGAUUCUAAUUGUAAUGCCAGGUUUCUGGAAAAGGCAGAUUUCCAUGAGGUGGUGGAUAAUGUAAUGUCCAAUGAUGCUGGGAUAUUUCAUCUCAAGAAGGAAAUAGAUUCCUCUAUAAUGAGCUUAAGGAAUAUACAUGUGCUGCUGAAUGGUAUGUCAGAUAAUGAAGAACCUAGGGAGCCUUAUGAACAAAAAGAAUAUUACAAUGACGUGGUCAAUUCUAAUACUGAAAAUCGUCAAGCAGAGAUGGAUCACAAGGAUGAACAACAUAAGCUUGCAAUGCUGGAAAUGGAACAUAAGCUGCAAACUUUUGAGGACUGGAUUGAGAAAGCUGAAGCAGAAUGGCGCAAGACCAGAGAGCUUCUUCAUCUUGAGCAUAUAGAUGCUGAGCUGGUUGCUGCUGAGAAAAGUGAUCUGGUGAAAAGUUUGCUUAUGAAGUUCGAGGAGGCUCAUGAGACUAUGAAGGAGGCAGAUUGGUUGUUAAAUGCACUGAUGAAAGAAAAUGAAAGCGCAAAGCAUGAGGCAUAUCAGUUGAAGAAAGUUGGGGAAGGAUUGAUGGCAGAGAGGACAUCCUUGAUUGCGGACAUUCAAAGCCUGAAAUCUUCUAUCUGUCUGAAAGAGGAUCAAUAUAAGAUCUUACAAGAUCAGGUAAAUUCAAACAUUUUGGAAAUCAAGGGCUCCAUUUCUUCACUAGAGCUAUCUCUUACUCAAGUGCAGGGUGAUAUAAAGGAUACUUUUAUGAAGGUAUGGUAUGAGAUUUGUUCCUUUGGAAAAGAUAUAUUGGACUAUUUUGGCACAGUGGAUUCAUGGCAAGUAGAUAUCUUGUCAGAGAUAAUAGAGAGAAGUUUUUAUUUAUAUGUGGUGCACCAAUGUUACAUAGAGUCCUUUCAUGAAAAACUCAACAGCUCAAAUGUAAAUGCUCAUUUUUAUCAACAUGUAAGGAGGGAAUCUGAUAUCACAGCGGCCAAUUUGAGUGUUGCACAUUUGAAAAUAAAGGGAGCUAUUGGAAAGAAUGAUGGAACAAGUGGCAUUGAGAAAGAAGCUGAGUUUGAACUUUCAAAGUGUAAAGCCUCUCGAUCCGCAGAUAUUGAGAAAAAGCUAGAUAUGGUGAAUACUGUUGGCGUGUCCAAUGGAAAUUUUGUUGAUUUUGAUGCUGCAUUUUGCCCAAAGCAAGAACUUUCACUACACCUGAGACUGGAGAAGAUUGAAAAGCUAGAAGAAGAAAAGUUAGCAUUAACCCAAGACAUUCGAAAAUUAAAGCAAGGUAUUUACAGACAACUCGCAGAUAUUGAUAGAAUCCGUGACGACUUAGCUAAACAUAAAACAUUUUCAGAUAGUGUGGUUUGUCUUAAUGGGCAUGACAACCUAAAUAUGAAUACUGUGAUGACAAGACUAUCAGGAUUGGGCACAGAGGAGUCGAUACUUUCUGAUGAUCAAUGCCUUGACUGCACCAGGAUCCUCAAUGGGAUUGAGCCCUGUCAUCUUCAGUUUCAAAACUAUGGAAUGGAUUCUAGGAGGUCAGUGAAUAGAGGAAUAGAAAAGGAUAUUGCUGGUACUAUUAUGGAUGUGAAUUCUUGGUGUAUCAAAAUCCAAAAUAUUAAGAGACAGUGUAGUGGAUUUCUUGCACCUGCGAAGGAAAAUGAAGAAGGAAUGUACGAGUCAUAUCCACAGAUGGCACAUAAAGGUUCAAAUAAAGGUGAUAUACAAAAUAAUAUUGCAAUGUUUGGGCUGGAAGAAGAAGUUGGUCCUCAAGAUUUGGUGGAAAUGAACACUGAAUCUGUCUGUGAUUCUAUUCAAGCGAUGGAGAUUCUAAGGGAAAAAUUCACCUAUUUAAAGGAUAAUGUACCUUCAAUUAAGCCUGUGGAAAAUGAAAGUACCGAUGCAUCUCUUGAAAUGCUGCUUCAAAGGAUCAGUAUCAUUGAGGAGAAACUGUUCAAGUACAUAUCUGUGUGCUCCAAGCUUCAACGGAUUAAGAUUAGUGCUAUUUCAGAUAAUUUGUCCCUUAAAAGGGAAUUGGAUCGCAAGGAUGAGCUUUUAAAAGGGCUGUUGUUUGAUAUCAGCUUGUUGCAGGAGUCAGCAUCUGAAGCAAAGGACCAAAAGGAUGAACUAGAGGGGGCAAGGGAUGCCCUAAAUUGUGCUCAAAAUGAGCUGGCAGCAAAUACAGCUGAGCUUGAUGGUAUAAUGGUGCAGUAUAGAAAGGUUGAAGUGCAGCUAGCCAAUAAAGAAACUGUAGUUUGUUCUCUGAAAUUAGAACUUGAUCAAGCCAACAAAACAUUAGAGCUAAUCGCGGAUGAGAAUAUACAGUUGAAAGAUAUUUUUGAAGAACUCUAUGCAGAGAAAUCUGCUGCAGAGGUUGAACUGGAGGAGAAAUCAAAGGUUAUUGAAGGAUUGGAGAAGGAAAUCAGCAACUUAGAUUCUUCAGCUGGUCAGGGGGCUUUUCAGUCAUUUCUGGGCAUCAAGAAUGAAUUAAAACAUUUCAGUAACGAGAGGGAUCACCUUCGUGCACAGGUGGUUCGACUGAAUGGUCAGCUGGAUAUGGCAAAGGCUUUAGCUGAUGAAAAUGAAGCUAUAGCCAUCGAAGCCCGCGAGCUAUCAGAAGCAAGUAAAGCUUAUGCUGAAGAGAAAGAGGAGGAGGCUAAGAUACUAGAACAUUCGGUGGAGGAGCUUGAGAGUACUGUCAAUGUAUUGGAGAAAAAGGUGUAUGAGAUGGCCGAGGAGGUUGAAAGGCAACGGUUAAGUAGAGAACACUUAGAAUUUGAACUUCAGUCUCUGAGACACAAGUUUUCAGUAGAACAGGAAGCUACUGGAAGCUUAUAUUUGGAAAAUCCUGUAAUCGUGGAGCGAAAAGAUGCUCAGUUUUCAAGGCAUACAGAAGAGGGAGAAUUAGAACUUCAUGAGGCAAGGAGAUGUAUACAAGCUCUUGAAAAGGAAAAAUUAGAUCGAGAAAAUGAGAUCAGGCAAUGUAAAGAUUAUAUCUCUGAGCUGGUUCUGCAUGCUGAGGCCCAAGCAUUACAAUACCAACAAAAGUACAAAAAUUUGGAAGCCAUGGCUCGUGAAGUGCAAACGGAUUCAGUUCCCUUAAUUGGUGCCAUGACAGGCAGUAGAAUGGAGAAAGCCUCAGCAAGGACCAGAGGUUCAGGUUCACCAUUCAAGUGCAUUUCCGCCUUGGUGCACCAAAUGAACUCAGAAAAGGAUCAGGAACUGUCAUUGGCCAGACAUCGCAUAGAAGAACUUGAAGGAUUGGCUGCACUUCGGCAGAAGGAGAUAUGUAUGCUGAGUGCAAGACUGGCUGCAGCAGAAAGCAUGACACAUGAUGUAAUUCGGGAUUUACUUGGAGUCAAGUUGGAUAUGACUAAUUAUGCAAACGUACUAGACCAGCAACUGGUGCAAAAGCUAGCUGAGAAAGCUCAAGAACAUUAUGAAGGGUUCCAAGCAGAGGAAAAUUUUAAGCUACGAGAGCAGAUCAAUGAUUUGAUCAAGAAAAAAGACAGCUGGGCUGAAGAAACUAAUCAAAUACAAGCAGAGCUUCUUGCUGCAAAAGUGACAGCUGAGCAGCUCCGUCAACGGGGACUAAUGUUAACAGCGCAGAAUGAGAUGUUGAAGAUGGACAAAGAGAAACUCAAGAGGAGGCUCAGCGAAUUGGAGGCAUCAUCAAAGCGGAUACCUGGGUCACGAAAGCCCUCUCAGCAAACUCAGUAAAUACUAUAAGAUGAGAUCAAGCAACUCUAGCAAGGUGGAGUACAUGGAGAAUUCACCAUCUUGAGUAAAUUUGAAGCUUGGUUCUUAUUGUCUGGUGGAUAGACGGUAAUAUAUACGUCAAUGGUGAUAAACAGCACUAUCUGAUAAAUUGUUUGGAGGCGACAAUUGAUUGAAGCUGAUGAAAGUGAGAGGAAAGAAUAUGUUAAGGUGAACCAUGGCAAUAACCUUCACCUUAGAGAAUGGAAGGGAAUCAAAUUGCAGAAGAUUGGUGUAAAGUGCAUGCCCUUUUAUGUUUAUAUUAUAAAAAAGAAUGUAAUUUAUCUUGUAAAUCUGUUGGUUCCUUUUGUGAGAAUUUUAAUUUUGUCAAGAUUGUUCU